GAGGGAAUUUCAUAAUUAGCCGAUGACCGGAACACGUGUGCUGAAUAGCUUCUUGAAGCGACACGUGAUAGAUCGUAAUUCUUGCAAUUUUCGAGUUAGUAAACAAUUCCGGAGGGACUUGUCAGUAAAGAAACUUCAGACUGUGCUGUGUCUUGACCAUGACAACGAUUUCUAUAUUGGUGCAUAAGCAGUUAUGUAGAAAAGAGAGGCAAAAAACAAGCGAUAAGAGAGUGCAGUACGUGUUUUAAUUUAUGCAAGUCGGUCAUAUAUCAAGAGCGGCUCCUCAAUCCUCGUCUAGUUUUCAAUUAUGGCCUCCUUCAUAGUACCUCGGCCAAUCUCCCAGUUUCUGGAUGAGAUUCCCGACGAGAAGGAGAUCCUCAAAGAUGUCAGUUCCGGCGAGGAAAAUGAUUUCGACCCCGACCCUGAAACUGUAAGUGACUGUGAUUAUCCUUCCGAGCAAGAGGCAAGUUCAGAUUCCGAAGAUGAAAAUCUGGAACUUGGUUCUUACGAUGAAUAUUUCCUCAGCAGAGACAAAUCCUGCAAGUGGGAAAAACAGAAUCACAUCCAGACUCUACAAGAGAGCAAUAGCGCGAAUUUUCUAAAACCAGAGAGCAGUGCAAUACAAGUUUCUAGUGAAAUCGAUGCCUUCCUAAAAUUAAUAGAUGAUAAGAUGCUGAACAGUAUUGUUAUAAACACAAAUCAUAAAAUCAACAUUAAGCGAAAUCAGUACAAACGGGACAGAGAUGCCCAAAAUGUGACGAAAAAUGAACUUUUAGCGCUCUUUGGUCUUCUCUUUUUGAUUGGGGUGAACAAAGGGAAUCAUACAGGUGCCUACGAAUUGUGGACAACCGAUGGAACCGGAAUUGCAAUGCUCAGGGCAUGCAUGAGCAACAAAAGAUUCUCAUUUCUUCUCCGACAUCUGCGAUUCGAUGAUGAGAAGACCAGCAAGAGAAAAAUAGACAAGUUAUCACCCAUACGCUUUUUUCUCGAUUCCUUCAUCGCCAACUGUAAGAGUUCCUACACUCUUGGUCAGUUCGUCACCGUGAAAAAGUUAGACAUCUUUCAAGGUCAAAGUUCGAGUCUCAUUCGAAAGAAACUCGCGAGUGGAAUAAAGCUUUUUGUCAUGUGUGAUGCCCUCACAUAUUUUACGAGUAACCUCGAGGUUUGUGCAAAGCAACCAGAUGGUCCCUAUCAAUUGUCGAAUCGACCAGCCGAUGUUGUCGAGAGAUUAGUCGCACCUGUUGAAGGAUCCAACAGGAAUUUAACAAUCGGGUCUUGGUACACCAGUUAUUCCUUGGCGAGGGCUCUUUUGCGGAAAAAGAUCACAUCCAUCGGGACGGUUUCAAAAAAUAAACCCGAAGUUCCUCUCGAAUUUUCGCCGAACCGGAAGAAGGCAGUGGGUUCUUCAGUAUUUGGCUUCCGGGAAGAUGCGACUAUGGUCUCUUACGUGCCAAAACCAAACAGAUCUGUGAUAUUGUUGUCAACGAUGAACCUGGCUAAUAUUGUUGAUGAAAAAUCGAAGAAGCCGCUGAUUGCUCUGCACUAUGACAUGUCGAAAGGAGCCGUUGAUGCGGUUGACAUGUUGUGCAAGGCCUACUUUGUGGAUAGAGACACGAGCCAAUGGCCUUUGGCUUUAUUUUUCACUUUGCUGAACAUUGCCAGUGUGAAUGCGCAAAUUUUGUAUGAAUCAAACCGGGAAGAUUGUCGCGUUAUCAGAAAAAAGUUCCUGAAGAAUCUCGCUCUGAGCUUGAUGAAGAAUCAUCUUUCCGAGAGGGCGAAAAUAUUGACGCUUCCGACCGAAAUUAGAGCGGUUUUAGCGAAAUAUAGGGUCGAGACGGUGGAGAAAAAAGAGAAUUUGGAAAGCAGAAAACGGGGAAGGUGUCAUUUGUGCACUCGGACGAGAAAUGUCUGCACGACCAUCAGAUGUAGGUCUUGUGUAAGAUUUACAUGUAGGGCUCAUGUGGAAACUACUGCGGUUUGUUUCGAAUGUAAAUAUGAAAAAAAUGACGAAGAUAUGUAAUUUUUUUAUUAUCGAAGGUAGUAAUAAU